CGAUCGCGUUACCGGCGCUAUUUACCGUUCGACUCUCUUCGGGGACCACGUGCGCCAUGGACGGCUUCCAUCUCGAUCCGAUUACAGAUAUACACCUCGUAUUUAUAUCGUGACCCGGAAUACAGCCAUAGAGGACCAGUCAUCAAGAAAAUUAAAUUUUGUUCUCUUUCCUCGGGGAUGGAGUCGCGAGAUAAGUGACGCACAAUGACACACUACGUUGACCGACCAAGCGAUGCCGAUCAAUAGCUGCUAUUUAAUAUUGCUUUGCUGCGCGGUCGCGUGGUCCACCGCACAGAGGGUGACCUACCAACAGCUGCUGCCGACCAGGAUCAAUGGCAGGACCGUGCGAAUGACGCCGGCCGUCAGCGACGAAAUCGUCAUGACGCCCGGGCCCACGGGCAUUAGGAGGCAGCCGUCGUUCCCGGGGUCGAUGCCGUUCCCAUGCAAGAACAUGACGGCCCCCGGGCUGGGCAGAAGCAUCGUCAGACCCACCAGUGUCCACAAGCUCCGGCCCGGCGACAUCGACGUGGUGGGCGCUAUGGGCGACAGUCUGGUGGCCGGCAACGGGGCUCUCGAGGAGUACGCGAUGGGCACGUUGAUUGAAUACCGAGGAGUCUCUUGGGCUGCAGGCGGCGAAGCCACGUGGCGGGACUAUCUCACGUUACCGAACAUUCUCAAGGAGUUCAACCCCAGGCUGAAGGGCUAUUCCGUGGGAAAAGGCGAGUUCCUCGCGCCCAACUCUCGCAUGAACGUCGCUUUCCCCGUGUCGGCCGACUUCGACGCAUACCGACAAGCGCAGUUCCUGACCAAGAAAAUGAAAAGAGAUCCGGACAUUGAUUUGAAAAACGAUUGGAAGUUGAUAACCAUGUUUUUCGGUGCCAACGACUUGUGUUCCGGGCAGUGUUACGACAAAGACGGCACCACUCCGUUGCAGCACAGCAAGAAACUGCAAAAAGCGUUGGACUACCUCCAGGCCAACCUUCCCAGGACGUUGGUGAAUCUCGUGCCUGUCCUAGACGUGUCGGUCAGCGUCCGCGUGAAGAGAUCUUUCAUGUGCCAUAUGCUACACAGGUUCUUCUGCACCUGUUUCCAUCAGAAAGGAAAUGAGAUGGAUCAGAUCACGCAAUUGGUCCGAGAUUAUCAGACUGCCGAACAGAUUUUGAUCAACAGCGGUCGGUACAACAAGAAAGAAGACUUCACCGUGGUCAUACAGCCGUUCAUCAAGCUGUUUAACGCGCCGCUGGACAAGAAAAGACAGUUCGAAGAGGUCAUAGACAUAUCGUACGUCACCUACGACUGCUUCCACUUCAGUCAAAAGGGACACGCUCUAGCUGCCAAUUUGCUGUGGAACAACAUGAUGCAACCGGUCGGCGCGAAAUCUGAGUCUUCGAUGGACUUCAUCAUGAAAAAAUUUGUUUGCCCGACGGUGAACUCCCCGUACAUAUUUACUGCCAACAAUUCGGUGUCGUCAAACUGUCGAAAAAGAAGCACCAGCAAGCUCAGAUAAACCGCACGUGUAGUUCCCAGUUGCAUACGAAACAAAAUAUAUAGACUCGAUCGAUUUAUAUGUAUUAUUUUAUUAUUCAUAAUUUAAUUUUUAUUUUA